UGGUGUUCAAUAGAUAAUAGAAAAGAAAGAUAGUUAAUUGUUAAUCAUAUUAGCCAAAUACGUCGUUGAAUUUUCAUCUUAUAUAUUUCUUUGGUUAUUUAUAAUAUAUAUAUUUGUGAAUUAUUGUUUUUCAUUAAUUAUAUUCUAAAUUGUUUGGUCAUGAAUUGAAUAAACGUUUCUAAUUACGACGGUUUCUAAAGUAGGCUUUGACAGGUUGGUUAUUCUUACGAGUGUUUUUACAGUGAUAAGAUUUUUGUACAACAUAUACGUAACUCUGGAAAUCCUUGGGCCACUUCAUAGAUUAAAUUGUGUCAAGUUCGAAAAUCACAAACAAUUUUUAAAAUUUUGGAUUAGGUAGAAUUUAAAAUGGAACAAAAUUCAAGGUACAACUAUUUUCAUCAAAACCCAAAUUCUCUUGUUAAUGGCCAGUCAACAUUUAAUCAGCCUUUUGAAAACUUCCAGUCCUCAAAUCAUUCGGACUCCCAGCCUCUGGAUGAGAAAUUCAGAGAACCCAUGAUAAACCAUAAUUAUUAUCAAAAUGAAAAUUCUCAAUCUUUGUCAUUGGGAUCACCGGGUACAACCGUCAAAAGGUUACCAGAAAAUUCUCAAAGCAUAGUUCCAGAUGUCAUAAGACUGGCUCAAAAAAACUCUGAAAAUUACUCUAAUAAUCCAGACUAUCAGUUGCAACCUCAUUUAACAGGUUUACUAACUCAACAGCCCAAGCAUAUCCAAGAAAUUCAACCGGUAGAUAAACAUUCUUCUUUUAGUGGAUCAAUAUCAGCAAACAUGAAAACAAAUUAUUUUGCUGUUAAGCCACCAUACCCUCCAGAACCUAAAAUCAUAGAAUAUGACAUGGAUGAAACAUCAACUGAAAGUUCGCCUCAACAUACAUCUUCAUUAUACUCAGAAAGUACUGAUCAAGAGUCAGAAAGUGUUCCAACAAAGCCUUUGUACCCACAAUCAACAAAUCUUCAAUAUGUUGAUACACAUGUUUCUAAAGAAUUUAAUUCCUCAAUUCCUCUAAAUAAAAAAUUUCCUGUUCCUAGUGAAUUUGCUGAUUUAGAUAUAAACAAAGAUGAAAAUGUUGAUGAUCACCAAUCUAUAUUACAAAAUGCAUAUAAUCAGAAUGACGAUGACAUUGAAGAUAUUCCUAUACCGAUGAAUUUAAAUGAGCAUAGUAAUUUAGAAAGUCAAAAAAAUUUAGAAAUACAAUAUGUUAAUAAUAAUGAUCAUAAAACAGAAAAAUUAGAAACAAUUUCUAGUAAAUCAAAUAAUAUAAAUUUAGUGUUGCCUAACAAUGACAGUAAAUUAUUGUAUGAAGAUGGUGAUCAACCUUUUUCUUAUUUUAACAAUAUAGCAUUUUUCAAUCAGUCAACUACUACAAAUCAGUCUAACAUUGACAAUUCGUAUACCAAAACAUUACCAAAUACGACAGUAAUGAAUUUUGAACUGUCUGAUACUCAUCAAAAAAAUUUAAAGUCAACAGAAUUUCAUCAAUCUACUAAAUUAUCUCCCAAAUUAACUAUAAAUACUGAAAUGAAAAAAGAUAGAACAUUACAAAAUAAUAGUAUAAUUAAUAAAUUAUCUGAUACUUUCCAAAAAAUUAAUAGUGAUAAUACAAAUAAUGCAACCAUGCAAAAUGACAAUAUUUUAUGUAAUAAUGUAUUAUCUAAUUCUUUGGAAUCUGUUAAUCAUGAUUUAUCAAAAGAUGUGCAAUCUAAAUCAGAUCAUAAAGUUAUACAACAGUUUUGUCCUAACAGUGUCCAAUCUAAUAUAUCUUCAACUUCUGAUGUGACACCGUCAAUCAAACCUAGUAAUUCACUUUUAUUUCAGAACAAAGUACCUCAAUCUAAUCAAACUACUUUUUCUAAAAAAUUCUCCGAUGAUCAGUCAAAUAAAUUAUUUUUUGAAAACAAAGAAAAUAACAGUGAUUCUCCAAUGUUCACAAACCCAAUUUUGACAGAUUCUAUAAACAAACAGAGAAAUCAUCAAGAAAUCAUCAAAUUGGAAGAUUUUAAAGUAGAUAACUCUUAUCCUAUUGAAAAUGAAUCUAUAUUACAUGAUAAUUUAAAAUUAACUUCCACAACAAACAAUCAAUCAAAUAAAUUUUAUAUGUCAAAUAUAACUUCACAAUCGAACAUUUCAAAUUUACCUACUGAUCAGCGUAUUAAUUAUACAAACAGUACAGAAUCUCAAAUGACUACAGAAAGUAAUAAUAUACAACAACAACAUUUACUGAAAACUAGUCAAUAUUUCAAUUCAGAUGGUGGUAAAAACCAAAUGUUUUAUCAAAAUUCUCCUAAUGUAUCUUCCAUUACUGAUAACCUAAAUAUAAAAACACAAGUCAUACCCAGUUCUUUUAGCCAAACUGCUGAUAAUGUAGCUUGUUUAAAAUAUAAUUCUGAGAAUUCUUUGUCAGAAACUUUACCAAAUAUUUCAUCUCAAAUACCUACUAAUGAAUUAAAUAAAUCAAUAUCACCAAUUGAUAGUACAAAUUCUUCAAAUUUGUCCAAUACAAUUCCUGAUAAACUUCAUUCUACAAACUUCUCUAGAGAUUUGAGUAUAUCAGACAAGUCAAAUACUAUAGUUACACAAAAUCAAAGUGAGUUGUGUAUUACUACUUUAAAUGCAUCUUCACCUCCAAAAACUACGCAGUCAUUUUUUAAUCCAUUAAAUGAUUGUGAUACACUUUCCAUUACUUCUUUUAAUACUAGCAUCCCUAAUUCUACUUUACAAACCACUAGUGUUGCAACUUCAAUCCCUAUAAAUAUUCAAUCAAACUCGUCUGAAAUUAAAUCAUUGUGUUCAUCAAUUUCUUCAAACAACGAGCCUCUAAAUAACCAAACACAUUCGUCAGCAUUUCAAAAUAUUUCUUCCCAGAUAAAUUCUUUAAGUCUUCAAUCACAAGGAGCUUUUAAACCUCAAGUUAAUAAGUUAACCAUAAAGGCGGCUCAAACAGCUAUAAAUCAAUCAACAUCUCAAGUUCUGAAUAGUCGACAAAAUAUGAACCCAACUCAAAUUACAAAUCAGUAUCCUAUCAAACAGUUUGACAAUCAGUUUAAACCAAUUGGGAUACCUCCUGUUCAAUCGCUAGUCAAUAAUAUUACAUUGCAACCUUUAAAUAAUGUACCUAUUUUAUCUAAUACAAAUUCUACUACUCAAGCAGAAUCAAUUAAUUAUACUUCAAAUGUAUACAAUAGUUUCCCAAAACCUAGUAAUAUGCUGUCGGGUAGUAAUUUAAUUUCUCAACAAAAUUCUAAUCCAACAAAAAAUGUUAAUGCACAAAGUAUCUCAGAGUCAUUAUUUCAAAACUCUUUUCAAUCAGAUAUUAAUCAAUUUAAACCUAUUGGUACUCAACUAACUCAACCAGCAAUAAAUCAUUCGUUACAAGUUUUGAGCAAUCAACCUAACUCCAACACAUUUGAAUCAAAGCAAUCUACAAUGGCGCAAAAUUCUAGUUAUCAAUCUAAAUUGUCAAAUAUGCCAUCUGUUCAAACAGAUGCCAAUUAUCACCCACAAUUACUGAGUAAUCAGUCAUCUUUAUUUAAUGUUCCACCUCCUCAGUCUGGGCUCAAUCAGUUUACUCCACAAUCUUUAAAUAAUCAAUUUAAAUCAAUAGAAAAAUCAUCUAUUCAACCCAUUAUGCCUGUUCCUUCUUUAAAUAAUCAGAUUUUUAAAAGUCCUAUUUCUGCUGCUCCAUCAACAUUAAAUAGUUUUAUACCUAUUAAUAGCCAAACCACGCUAGUCAAUAGUUCAUCAGCAGCACUUGUAAUUAAUCAGAAUGUGCCACUUAUAAAUAAUAAAUCAAAACCUUCUGGAAUACUACCCGUUCAAUCACCUAAAAACUUGUAUUCUCAACAACCACAUCUUAAUAGAAAUCAGCCUGAAAUUAAUUCGAUGUCAGCAGCUCAGCUGCCUGUUAAUAAUUAUCCAAUGCAGUCAAGUAUUAACAAACUAAAAGAAUCACAGUUUAUUGUAUCCUCUAAUGAUAAUAUACUUCAUAGUCAAUAUAGUGCACCUCAAAAAUUAAAUAUACAAGAACCAUCUCAUUUAAGAACAAAUCAAUCUACUCUCCUUCCUCAACCUAUCAUAAAUACAAAAUAUCCUAAUCAAAUUAUUUCAAAUGUUAAUUCACAACCUUUAUCAAGCAAUUCACAGUUAAGUCAAUCUAAUAAUUUAGGAAUGUCUUUUAAUUUGCCUCCUACAAUACAAUCACAUCAACACCAAACACAACCUACAAGUUACAAUCAAGUUCAAAGUUAUAACCAAAUGCCAUUAGUUUAUCCAUCACAAAAUGUUACAUCUAAAGGAUUUUCUCAACAAACCAAUUUAAGUUGUUCUGGUGAAAUGAGCUAUCGUCAAUUAAAUAAUUGUCAAGGACAAGAUUAUUACAAUCAAGGAAAUAACCCUUCGGUUAUUCAACAAGGGUUUAGUGGAACAUGGGGUUAUGACACUGUUGAUUUGUUAAAAACGAGAGAUAUAUUACAAGGUGAAAGGGUUCAACCACCAAAAAUUAAACUUCCCCAAGGAUAUGCAAAUUGUGACAACUGUUCACCAGAUAUAUUUCGUUGUACUUUAAACAAAUUUCCUUCAUCAAAAACAUUACUGGACAAGAGUAGGUUACCCCUGGGUAUUUUGAUACAUCCAUAUAAAGAUCUCUCACGUUUAACUGUUAUACAAUGUGAAACAAUAACAAGAUGUCGCAAUUGUCGAUCUUAUAUAAAUCCUUUUGUCCAAUUUAUUGAUAGUGGGCAUUGGAAAUGUAACCUUUGUUAUAGAGUUAAUGAUUUACCCGGAGAAUUCCAAAUCGACCCUUACACAAAAACUUUAGGAGAUCCAUCUAGGAGACCAGAAAUUCAAAAUGCUACAAUUGAAUAUAUAGCUUCACAAGAUUAUAUGGUAAGACCACCUCAACCAGCAUUGUAUUUAUUUCUUUUGGACGUAUCACGCCUGGCAACUUUAACUGGUUAUUUAGAAAUUGUUUGUGAUCGAAUUAUGAAUAAAAUUAUGUCUAAUGACAUUCCCGGAGAUUCACGAACAAAUAUUGGUUUUAUAACUUAUGAUUCAUCUGUGCACUUUUAUCAAAUUCCAAGUAAUGAAGGUGGACGACCAAAGCAACUUGUGGUUAGUGAUAUAAAUGAUAUCUUUUUACCUCUACCUGAUGGUUUAAUGGUGAAUUUAGAAGAAAAUAAAGCUGCAAUUAAGGAUUUAUUAACAAAUCUUCCUAAUCAGUUCAGUGAAUCAUUUAAUACUGGAUGUGCAUUAGGAGCUGCACUUCAAAUAGCGUUUAAAAUUUUAGCUCCACGAGGUGGGCGCGUUACAGUAUUUCAAGCUUCUUUACCAAACUGUGGUCCUGGAAGUUUACAACCAAGAGAUGAUGGUAGUCCUCAUUCUGGUGAUCGUGUGUUGCAUAUGGCUCCAUCUACAGACUUUUACAAGAAACUUGCUUUGGAAUGCAGUGCAGAGCAAAUUGCAGUUGACUUGUUUUUCAUUUCAAAUCAAUACUUAGACAUAGCUAGUAUAUCGGGAAUAUCCAAAUUUUCAGCAGGUUGCAUACACAAUUUUACACAAUUUGAUAAAAAAUCACCUUCAAUUGUAACACGUUUUAUCAACUGUUUUGAUCGUUAUUUGUCUCGUAAAAUUGGAUUUGAAGCUCUUUUGAGAUUACGUUGUACUAGAGGUGUGGCUGUGCAUUCUUUUCAUGGAAACUUUUUUGUUCGAUCUUCUGAUUUACUUAUGUUACCUAAUGUUAAUCCUGAUAAUGCAUAUGGUAUGCAAUUAUCUAUUGAAGAUAAUUUAGAUGGACUAUCUGUGGUGUGUUUCCAAGCAGCUCUUUUGUAUACUUCUAGUAAUGCCGAACGUCGAAUUAGAGUUCAUACCAUGUGUAUUCCAGUAACUGAUAAUUUAAAUGAUAUUUUUCAAUAUGCUGACCAACAAGCAAUUACAUGUUUGAUUGCAAAAAUGGCUGUGGAUCGCAGUACAGAGAAAUCACUGUCGGAUGCAAGAGAAGCUUUUGUAAAUGCAAUUUCAGAUUCACUUUCUGCUUAUAAAACAGGUUGCAAUUCAGUCAGUACAUCUGGAUCAAUUUUAGCUCCAAUAGCCUUGAAGUUAUUCCCUUUAUAUAUUCUGGCAACAUUAAAACAUAUUGCAUUCCGAACUAACCAACCUACCCGAUUAGAUGAUAGAACUUUCAGUAUGUGUCAAAUGAAAAGUUUACCACUUUACAGUCUUAUGCAGUUUAUAUACCCAAAUUUGUAUCCAAUACAUACAUUAGAAGAACAACCAAAAACAAAUUAUGAAAAGUUAACAGAUGUCCCACUUCCUCCAUUGCUACAAUUAUCUGCUGAAAGAAUAGAUUCAAAUGGCAUUUAUUUAAUGGAUGAUAGUGAAACAUUAAUAAUACUAAUUGGCCAUAAGUGUUCAGAACAACUUGUUAACAAAUUAUUUGGAUAUGUUAAUUUGAAUUCAAUGCCUGAAUUAACUACUCAAAUCGCAGAAAUUAAUUCUAAUGUAUCAUAUUUGUUACGUACAUUUAUUUCUUAUAUUCAACACUUUAAACCAUAUCCUUUACCAAUUGAAAUAAUUAAGGACAACGGACCCCACAAACUACGAUUUUUUAGUCGUUUAGUUGAAGAUAAGUUUGAAUCAACUAUGUCAUACUAUGAAUUCUUACAAAGACUUAGUCAACAAAUAAGAUAGUUAAUGUGUUUAUUAUAAUUAAAUUUGAAUGUUGGUUAAACAAAAAACUAUCACCAUGUAUUUGACCAAAAAUUAUGUUUAGCUCUUAUACAUAUAUAAAAAUGUUGAAGAUAACUCUAGAUAUUUGUUUUUAUAUUAUUAUGUAUUACGCAAUUUUUAAUUGAAUUAUACAGAAAACAUAAAAAAAAUUAUUUGUAAAUUAAAAAAUAAAAUACUUCUAUUGUACCAUAUAAUAUUAUUAUGUAAAGUAAAAAAAAUUGUUUUUAAUGGUAAGUAUGUUAUUAUGGUUUAUUAUUUAUUUAUUUUGAAUUGUUUUAUAAUUAUAAUAAAUACUAUGUUUAUUUUA